ACGCAGCUACACAUCACAGUUAGAAAGACUCAGAAAUCUUCAGUGUUAAGAAUGCUGACGAACCACACAAACCAAACAGAGGACGACCCCUUCUCCUGCUACAGUCCUUCAGUUGUACAAUACCGAUACUUUGCUGUGGUGUGGGGAUGUGGUGUGACCAUCACUGGUACGGUGGGGAAUCUGAUGACCAUCCUGGCCUUCGCCUUAGACCCACGUCUGAGGACUCGCUUCAAUGUGCUCAUUGUCAACCUGGCUGUAGCCGAUCUCCUGUACUGCACCAUAUUGCAGCCCAUAUCUGUCGACUCCUAUCUACACCUCAGAUGGCGCAGUGGUCAGCUCUGGUGCAGCAUCUUCGGCCUGCUCCUCUUUCUCUCCAACUCUGUCUCCAUUAUCACCCUCUGCCUGGUCGCAGUGAGCCGAUAUCUCCUGGUUGCAAAGAGGGCUGUGUUUGACCGUGUCUUCUGCGAUUGGGGUCUUACUUUACUCCUGAGCGCAGCGUGGGCACUGGGCGUAGCCAGCUUUGCCCCACUCUGGCCUGUAUAUGUGUUCGUACCACAAGUGUGCACAUGCAGCUUCCAUCGCACCAGGGGUCGUCCCUACAGCACCAUCCUGCUCUUUUUGUACUUCUUUGUUGGUCUGGGCUGUGUCGGUGUAUUCUACCUCCUCAUCUACAGACGUGUCAGGAUUGCCUCAAAAGCUCUCCUGCGCUACAGGUUCAGCCGCCGGUCCUCCAGGAAGAAACCAGCUUCUUCUGCUCAAGGGACUGAUGACAGUGGUGUAGAGAGCAGCAUGGCAAAGACAUGUAGCUGUGAGGUGAGCAGUCAGGUGGAUCUAGCCCCAAAUACAGAUGAAAUCCCCUUUAAAAAAUCCACCAAACCUGUCCAGGCCUCUGCUGAGUCUCCCACUGAUAUUGUCCAAAUGGCAUCUUUAUCCAUACCUGCUUCCACCACUGCAGCACCCUCCUCAACCUCAGCAACUUCAGGGGAUGAUGAUGAAUUUAAGCUUGUGACACGCAUGUGCUUCACUGUGUUUCUGUGCUUCAUGUUCUGCUUCGUCCCCUUCCUGUUGCUCAACAUAGCCGACAAACAAAACCGUGCCCCACAAGUACUUCACAUGUUCUGUGCAAACCUCACCUGGCUCAACAGCUGCAUCAAUCCUGUGCUCUAUGUUGUCAUGAACAGACAGUUUCGACAGGCCUACCAUGUCCUGCUCACCAGGGCUGCUGCACCAUUCACCUGUCGUUGAACGCUCCUAAACUCCUGGAUAAUAAAUUUGCCUGUUGUUUUCUCUUAAAUCCAGUAUGAUAAGGUUCGUAUGAAAUUAAACACAGACAUAGUGCAGCCUAUAUUCAGUCACUGGGGAAGAAAAUCUUCUAUUCUGAUAUACAUAAUAAAUAACCACAUGG